UACUAAUCGUAGCACAACAUUUGAUGACGUACAGCACUACACAAUGUAAAGUACUGUCAGAAAAACAACAAAUAGGAAACAUAAACAAAAUCUCCUUUAUCGGUGUUCUUGCAUAAGAAAGCCAAAAUGCCUUUCGAGUUCUUGUUUGGGCGUAAGAAAACGCCAGAAGAAAUGCUUAGACAGAACCAGAGGGCCCUGAACAAAGCCAUGCGAGAUCUUGACAGAGAGAGGGCCAAGAUGGAGCAGCAGGAAAAGAAAGUCAUAGCAGAUAUCAAAAAGAUGGCCAAACAAGGACAGAUGGAUGCUGUAAAAAUAAUGGCAAAAGAUCUCGUAAGGACCCGUAGAUAUGUGAAGAAGUUUAUUCUAAUGAAGGCCAACAUACAAGCAGUGAGUCUGAAGAUCCAAACAUUGAGAUCCAACAAUGCUAUGGCUCAAGCAAUGAAGGGAGUAACAAAAGCAAUGCAGACCAUGAACAGACAGUUGAAGCUUCCUGAGAUCCAGAAGAUCAUGAUGGAGUUUGAAAAGCAGUCUGAGAUCAUGGACAUGAAGGAGGAGAUGAUGAAUGAUGCCAUCGAUGACGCUAUGGGAGAUGAGGAUGAUGAGGAGGAAUCAGAUGCAAUUGUGGGUCAAGUUCUGGAUGAGUUAGGACUUCAGCUUACAGAUGAAUUGUCUGGUCUUCCAUCCACUGCUGGCACUGUGAUAAAGGCAGGGCCCAGCAAGCAGCCUGCGGCAGAGGCUGCUGGAGCCGCAGGCGGUACAGACGCCGAUGCAGAUCUUGAGGCACGACUUGAAAACCUUCGGCGACAGUGAGAAUGGCUGUUAUGUUAGACUUGUUGAAGCGAUGGAUGUAUAUGAUGAGUAAUUGAUAGUGGUGAUAUUGAUUUUGAUGAUGGUGUAUUCAAAACCAAUGUCUUCUAGAGUAUAGUGUAUUUCAGGACAGAUAAAGGUUUUUAAUGUUAGGUAAACAAGUAGAGUUAAUGAUAAUGCAUCAAUAACAUGAUGUUGUCGAGAAUAUACUUUAACUCAAGUAACGGCUUUUGAAGUUUACAUUUAACACGCUGUGUUUUCAAUUGACUAAAUUGUUAUGUUUGAUUAAAUUUUACUUGUAAACGUCAUAGAUUUUGAUGAUGAUAAAUGAUUUUAUGUACAGGUAUAAUGGUUCAUUAAAUCUGUAAAUGCAAGUUGUGUAUAGUUCCAGUAAAAUAUUAAGUAAUAUUUUGUAAAGUGCUGGUGUGUGUUUUACUUGCUGCAUACUAGUAUUUUUAUAUUAUUUAGUAUUCAACCAGAAUGUCUUACUUCGUGCAUAUAUUUUUAAUAACUUGUUCACACAUUGAGACUUAUUUCACUUAGUGUAUUGGAUAAGUAACUGACGUUUCUGUGUUUUCGGUUCUUGAUCAUGUCAACUAUUGAGUCUUUUCAUUUAUUUUCAAUGUUUUACCACCAUCGUACUUCUAAUUACCAAAUAUUAUUAAUAUUUUGAAGCUGUGAUUUAUGAACUUAUAUAAAUCAGAUAAUUGUUACUUUUACUUUUAUCUGUAAUGCUAAGCUGUUUUUCUUAUUUGGUAAUAAGACACCAAUGGUGGCAUGUGAAAAGUGAUUAAAUGCAAGUUGUAUGAGCAGAUAUUGAGCAAAAAAGAAGUAUAAAUACGUUGGGCACAACCUGGUGUUAAUUAAUAACUAGCUAUCCUUAAUUCCAAGCUUGUAAUUCACACAUGUUUAAUGCUUUGCUUUCGUGAAUGAAUGUACAUGUACUGACAAAAAUGGAAAAUUGAAAUAGUAUAAAUAAUGUAAAUAAUAAUUAGAAAUGAGACAAAAUAAAAAAUGCACCUACCAUGGGGUUUGAAUCGGGGGCCUUUAGUAGCAAAAGAAAACGUGCUACCACUUCAGUGCAAGCCUUUAAGCCUGUAAUUUUACUCGUUUGAAUAUAGUGAUAACAUUCUUAUUUGAAACUAUGACAAUUUUUUUUAAAUUGUCAUUUUUCAACACUGUGAGCAGGCCCUUUAAAGUAAUGAUGACUUAUUGCUUCAUUUUUCAAAUGUGUACAUGACUUGUUCAUAUUUGUUGCUUGAUAUUUUAUGUAUACAUGUGUUAUUAUUUUUGAAAUUAUUUUCAAUACUUGCAUUGUGUUGUAAAUAAUAAAGAAAGCCAUACUA